AUUGAUUCUUUCCAGGACGCUGAGAAUUGUACAAAUAUACGUAAGCACGUAGACGAAAUACCAGAAUGGCCAGGACAGAUCUCUUCACCGUGUUCCUCGCCCUCACCGUUGGUGUGAGCGCACUGCCUCAACGCUCAACGCCCGUCGAGAGGGCCGCCGAGCCGCCGGCGACUUUCAGCCCUCAGCCCAGUACUGGUCCGGGCGGCAGCGACUUCAAGGACUCGGCGCACUUCCGAGUGUUCAACGGAGGCAGCGAUGCGGACCCGGCGUUGCAGAUGCUUGAGGGAGCGUACGAGUGCUUCGUCAACACUCUGGGAUGGAGGUCGAGCGGGCUGUCGUUCAACGACGAGACAGACGCCGGACCAUACUACAAGGUCAACGCCUACUCGGUGGCCAGCAUCUCGAGCGGCGCGGCCGGAUUGAUGCACUCUGAAUUUGAGCCUGGUGCCGCCUGGCUUGAGGUCGUCAGCGACUACCUGGCCACGCCGACUGUCACGGUCCACGAGUACGGCCACGCGCUGCACUACUACCAGAAGACUUGGGUUGGCCAGACAAACACCGGUGCCUGGUGGGAGACGGUGGCCAACUGGUUUGCCGAUACGUACUCAACGAGCCCGCUGUGCGCCGACGCCAGGAAGGCGCAUAACCAGCAGGAGGGCCGCAGUGAGCUCGAGCUCAAAAAGGUCAUUGGUGACUCGUUCCAGGUCAUCGUCGAUGGCACUGUCGACUCGGGCAACUACUACCAGGCAUGGCCUUUCCUUACAUACCUGACAAACAACCCGGACAACUUCGCCGGGCUUGGCAAAGACACAUUGCUCCAGAUGAUGGUGCAGUACGAGGCCAACAGCGACGAGACGCCUCUGCACACUCUGCAGCGCGUGGCCGGCAACGCCACCGCGGGUGAGAUCGUGGGCCGCUACUGGGCGCGCAUGGCCUACGUCGACAUCGGCCACCAGCAGGCCGCCGCCGCCUUCGAGGAGCAGAAGGCCACCUUCAACUACGCCAACGUCGAUGCCUCGGCCAACGGCUACACCGUCAAAUCUGCCCGCGCCCCGCGCUACAUGGGUGCCAACAUCAUCCCCUUGACCGUUUCUGGCGGCAAGGUCGAGGCCCAGGUCACCUCGUCGGGUGCCUUCACGGCGACGCUCGCCAUCAAGGGUGCCGAUGCCGUGCGCUACGUCCCUCUUGCCAACGGUUCCGGCUCGGCUGAUGUUGCCAGCGGAGAAGAGGCCACCCUGGUGGUUGCCAACACGCCCAAGGAGCUCAUCAUGUACAACGGCUUUGAGCUGGCGGGCAGCAAGGCCAACGAGGGCCUGAACUACUCUUUCACCCUGACUGGUGCUACUGUCGCUUCGGCUUAG